AUGGCGCAUCUCAACAUGAACACCACAUGGAACGAAAGUUGUGAAGAAAACUUCAACAACUAUGAUUGCAAGUUUUGCAAUGGUAAUAGAUGCUACGAUGGCAAAAAGGGAAUCAUCAUUUAUGUUUUUACAUUAGUCAUCAUCUGCAUGGGCCUUCCUUUGAUCCUACUGGCCAUCUACUCACUGUCUUCUCUGGUCAGAAAGGAUCAUGGUGCUCCAGUCUACGUCAUCAACCUCUUCACUUCUGAUCUGAUUCAGCUCCUCUGCAUGAUUGGUUGGGUUGCUGUCAAGAACAACGAGCAGAAACUGAGUGACAUCUUUUAUCUUUAUUAUUAUGGUCUGUUGUCCAGUGUUGGCUUCAUGGUGUGUAUCUCCCUAGAAAGGUAUCUGGUCAUUGCGUGGCCGCUGUGGUACAGAUUCAGAAGAACCACCAAGACUUAUGUGGUGGCCUGUGUCCUAGUCUGGAUCCUUCCUCCUGUUUUUUUCCUCCCAUUGUAUUUAUCUGUUGGUUUUGGGACCACAGAAAUCAUCUUUGCUGUCUUCCUCCUCCUCCCCCUCCCUCUGUUCAUCUUCUCCCUGGGUGGGACUCUUAAAGCCCUGUCUACGUCCCUCAGUAUCUCCUCUGAUGUAAAACGAAGAAUUGUUGCAGUUUUGGUCGUAGUGCUGCUUAUUUACACACUGCUGUUUAUGCCCACUGUCAUUUUUGUGUUUCUGGUACAAUUCAAAGUCAUCAUCAGCGAUGAUCACUGGCUUGCGUCCAACAUUCUCGUUCAGCUGAGUCCUCUUGCAGACUUGAUUUUGUACAUUUUCAUGAGGAAAGGAACCACAGACAAGAUUUUGGUCUCACUGUGUUGUUGCAGAAUGCAGAUUCAGGAAUCACCAAAUGAACAGCAUGAAUAA